AGCGGGACGUGGAGGCCGCGCGGUAACGGGCUCUGCUCUCUCGCGCUAGGAGGCCGCGCGGCUCGGGCGGGAUGUUCCACCCGCUGCAGCGGAGGCCGCCCGCCAGCAUCUAUUCCUACUGCGCCCGCUGGGAGGGCCGCCCGGGGCCCGCGCCCGCCCUGUGGAGCCGCUUCCAGUGGCUGCUGGGCUGGUUCCAGAGGGAGCCCGGGAAAUGCCCCGGCCCGAAGAGCCUCCUGUCCCUGCUGGCCAGUCAGUGCAGCUACGUGACCGGCCAGCGGGUGCGGCGGGCUCAGCAGAUCGGGCAGCUCUACGGGAACAUCUACUCGGAGCGGGCGCGCUGGAGCCUCUUCAGCGGCCUGUGGCGCAGGUUCCAGGCCCGGCACGCCAGCGCCUGCAAGCUGAUGGCCGCCCUCACAGGGGUCUUCCUGUGGGAAGAGGAGCGGAUCCAAGAGGAGGAGUUGCAAAGGUCUGCAGAGGAGAUGAAGCACAUGGAGGAAGUCUCCAGGCUGUUCCAUGGCAGCGGGGGAGAGCACCAGAAGCUGGGUCCCAAAACCCAUGUGGAUAUAACAGCCACUCGCGAGGAGCAUCCCUGGGAGAUGGUGAUGGACAAGAAACACUUCAAGCUGUGGAGGCGUCCAAUAGAAGGGACCCACCUGUAUCAGUACAGAGUCUUUGGGACAUACACAGAUGUGACUCCCAGGCAGUUCUUCAAUGUGCAGCUGGACACUGAGUACAGGAAGAAAUGGGAUUCACUGGUCAUCAAACUGGAUGUGAUUGAGAGAGACCUGACCACUGGCUCAGAGGUGAUUCACUGGGUAACUCACUUCCCGUACCCAAUGUAUUCACGGGACUACGUGUAUGUUCGGCGGUACAACGUGGACCAGGAAAACAAUCUGAUGGUGCUGGUGUCACGAGCAGUGGAGCACCCAGGCAUCCCAGAAGAUCCCGAGUUCGUGCGCGUCCGAACCUAUGAAUCCCAAAUGGUUAUCCGACCACACAAGACAUUCGAUGAGAACGGCUUUGAUUACCUGCUGACGUACAGCGACAAUCCACAGACAGUGUUCCCGCGCUACUGUGUCAGCUGGAUGGUCUCUAGUGGCAUGCCAGACUUCCUGGAGAAGCUGCACACAGCGGCUCUGAAAGCGAAGAGGAUGGAGAUCGAAGUGCAAGACUACAUCUCUGCCAAACCCAUUGAGAACAGCGGCAGCGAGGCAAAGGCAAGCAUGCCCGGUGCAGAGCGCAAGAAUGAAGACACCCACAGCCCUGCACAGCUUGAGUACGCCUAAGAGCUGGCUGUGCUUCCUGCGUCAGCACCCUAGUCUCUGCUCCUGGAUCCACGGAGCAGGGCCGAUGGGGAGCUGUGGCGUCAGUGUAGCUACUGGACCUUAGUUCAGCUGUUCUCCUUUUGACUUCAGACCCCUCCUCGCCUCUGUCUUCUGCUGCAUGUGGGGAGAGGAGUCUCUCCCCUGUUUGUUUUGAGCCUUGUUCCGAGCGAAGCUUGGCCAUUGAAACAACAUUGUGUAAUAUCCUCUUUGUGCUGGUGUUUUGUCCCUGAUAAGGGGAUGCCCUAGAAGAAAACCUGUGCGGACAACAUCUCCUCUUCCUUCCCCCUCCCCUUUGAGCUAGUGUUAGGCACAGAUGCCACUGGCUCCUGAAGCUCCAGGGCAGUUCAGCUCUGCAGUGUCAGGGGCGAUGUGUAAAGAACUUUAACCACAAGAUUGGUGUGUUCGUCUGCAGCCAGCCCCAAACGGGUUAACGUGGGUAUGGGUAGGGGGAUGGGAUCUGUGUUCAGUGACAGUGUGUGUGUACUGCUUUGCUCCUCUGCCAUGUGAGGGGAGUGUUCCUCUGCUGGCCAAGCGCCUUUCCCCUGGAGCUGUCCUGGCCUCAGCUGGAAGUGGAGAGCUGUGUCUGGCAGGGGUUGUGGCCUUGCUCAGUGCUGCCCACUGGAACAGGAUGAUGGCUCCCCGGGAAUCAGCACCACUGCACCUGUCACCAUAUUUUUGCCUGUGGUUCCCUGGUGGGAAGAAUGAAGGACGCUUGGCUGCAUUACUACCUGUAGCUCUGCGGCCUGGCGUGGGACAGGGACUUGGUGUCGCUUGGGCAGGGAGCGUGGAUUAGGAGGCCUGGUUCAGCUGCCUUCUUACCUCUGUGGCUUUUUAUUUUGAUUUUUCACUGAGAGGGCCCAGCUCCUGCUGCUGUGAAUGCCCUGACUACCAUAACUAACAAGGGAACAGAGAACUGCCAGCAGCUGCCUCUUGUGCUGAGUUAGCUGCACCUCUCUUGUUGGAUCAAGACACUCCUGCAAUUAUAGCUCCUACCUCUUCUCCCAACACAAGGGAAGCUGGGUAUCUCCCAGGCGUACCAGUAAGGGGAAGCUGUCUAGAUGCAGCCAGGAUGAGGGUCGCUUGCAGCUCUUGCUUUGGUAGGGAGGGGUCUGGAGCAAUCUAGGAAAGUGGUUAAACCUUAAUCAAUGAAUAAGCUCUUGUAGCAAUGGCCGAACUGCAUAUUGGGUCAGGCUAAUUGCAUGUGUUUACCCCAAAGGUUCCCGUUCUGCAGUGUAGUCCCGGUUUGGAUUUAGAGGAGAAACCAAGAGUGCUCCCUGUCCUGUGUUUUUCCUGUUACCCAGAAUGUACUAGCCAGUGUGUUCCAGCCUGGUUCUCCUCGUGAUAAGCAGAGUUUGGGAGAGGGGCUUCUCCCCGUGUCCAGUCCUCACCCUGUGGCGGGGUGGGGAGCGCACACAGUCUAAAUGCUCUUCCAGGGGGCUGAAGCCUCAUGCUUUAACAGACCUAACUGCACCAUCACAGGGAAGGACUCCAUGAAUUCUCCCAUGCUAUAGGGAGCUGCUGUUCAUGGCACUUGCAUAGUGGGGCUCCCUUCUCAGUGCAGGGAGUUGGGGGGUUAGGGCCAGAGCUUUCUGCCACCUCCCAUUCGGGAUAUACCUGGUCCCAGAGGAAACAGAAUUCUGUGAUGAUAGCCCUCAGUGGUCAGGUACCUCCCAUCCCACUCCCUUAUAGCAUGCGGUUUGAAGUCCCAUGUAGGACAGACAGCAUGAGCCAGGUGGGCUCCCACGAACAGAUCCUGCUGUGGUGCCAGAAAGCAACUCUUGCCACCUCCCCUUUCCGUCAAGGGCCUGGCUUCCGUGUGGUACAGUGAGUGAGUGGGAGGGGGCUGAACCCUCAUCCAAGUGCAAUUGAGGGGUGCUGUGUGUUGGAGGCCUCCUGGCUCCUCGGUUCCUGUUUGUGGCCAUUGAGGUCCAUUAACAUAGUCAUUCUGGAUUUGUUACAGGUUCACUCAAACCUGGCAUUUUUAUGAAAGCGGAUGUGUGAAUAAACUUAUACUGGUAAAACACGAGUGGAGUUGCAGCAUCCUUAGGCUCAGAGAGGGAGUGUGGAGCUGGCAGUGGGGUUGGCAAAGCAGAACUCUCACCGUGCCUCUGAGGGCAGCUGGAAGGAGUUAAUUGCCUCUGGCCAGCUGCGUCUCAAAGAUAUGCAGGGUCCAGCUGAGGAGGGGGAAUGUGUCUUCUAAGGAACAACAGCAAUUGAUGCACUGUGAAGCACCCUGCUUGCCAGGAGAUCUAGAUACAGCCUUGUACGUGGAUGGCACAUGUUCUUGCAUGCCAGGUGAGUGGUGUCAGUUCAGGGCAACUGCACCUGUAUUCCCUCUCCAUGAUCUGGAAGGAUACCCACUCUAGGGUCCCAGCUGUCCCUUCUUGGGCAGAGACCUGCCUACCCCUCUCUCCUGAGUGGGCUUUUCCCCUCCCUGCCAGCACAGUUCCCUGCCUACAUUGCACAGAAAGCCAGAUGGCCAUUUCUCCAGUUUGUCCAGAUCAUUUUGAAUUUUAAUCCUGUCCUCCAAAGCACUUCCAACCCCACUCAGCUUGGUAUCAUCUGCCGACUUUAGAAAUGUACUGUAUGCCAUUAUCUAAAUCUGAUGAAGAAAUCAAACAGAAUUGGACCCAGAACCAAUCCCUGCGGGACCCCACUCGUUAUGCCCUUCCAGCAUGACUGCGAACCACUGAUAACUGCUCUCUGGGAACGGUUUUCCAACAGUUUUGCACCCAUCUUAUAGUAGCUCCAUCUAGGUUGCAUUUUCCUGGUAUGUUUAUGAGAAGGUCAUGCAAGACAAUAUUAAAAGUUAGUCAAGAUAUACCUCAUCUACUGCUUUUUUUUUCUCCCCCCCCCCCCCCCCCAUCCCCCAAAAUCCGCUAGGCUUGCUACUCUGUCAAAGAAAGCCAUCAGGUUGGUUUGACACAAUUUGUUUUUGACAAAUCCAUGCUGGCUGUAGCUACCUUUUAUUAAUGUCUAGGCAUUUGCAGAUUGAUUUAAUUGCUCCAUUAUCUUUCCAGGUACAGAAGUUAAGCUGAGUGUUCUAGGAUGCAUUUCAUCAGGAUUGUCCUUAUUUCCCUUUUUAUAGAUUGGAAGAGGGCAAAUCUAGUGCCAGUCUUCAGAAAUCUCUCCCAUAUUCCAUGACUUUUCAAAGAUAAUGGCUAGUGGAUCAGAUAUCUUCUCAGUCAGCCCCUUGAGUAUUCUAGGAUGCAUUUCAUCAGGCCCUGGUGACUUGAAGACAUCUAAUUUGUCCAAGUAACUUGUAACAUGUUCUUUCUCUAUUUGAUCCUACCUGACUUUCACUAUAUUAGAUGUCCAGUCACCACCAACCUUCUUGGUGAAAACUGAAAGGAAGUCAUUAAGCACCUCUGCCAUUUCUACAUUUUCUGCUGUUUUUCCCUCCCUCAUUGAGUAAUAGGCCUGCCCUAUCCUGAGUCUUCCUUGGGGAAAACUCCAGAAGAAAUUCACAAGACCUUCAAUCCCAAGAAUGAUUUCACAUACCUGUGCUGCUUCCUUUUCAGUGAAGAGAACCAGUAGUGUGAACAGAAGUGAAGUUUCUGUGCUUGACCCCUCUAAUGCUGUAAAGAUCGUACCAAAUACUCAUUGCACUGCUCUGUUUAUAAUUGUUAAUAUUAGACAAAGGCAGCAGCAAAUGAAGUUGUAUUAGCAGGAUUUUGUUCCCUGUGCAUGUGUAGAGGUUUUUUUGAGUAUCGUUUUAAAUCCUAAGAUUGAGUUUUUGCCAGUGUAAUCAGUACAUACAACCCUCCCCAUGAGGUAGUACCUCUUUGGAGGUGUUGCAACAUGUGUUAAUAGGCCUAAUCACAAAUUUUGCACCCCCCCCCACCCUAUGACACAAUGGGAAUUUUUGUAAUUUGUAUUAAGCCUGUGUGUGCUUCAGUUUUGCCUGUAUGUGGUAGUGUUACUGAAUGCGUGGACAAGGACUCUACUUUCAGUGCAAGCUCAGAGGCAUAAAACAGCUUAUGUUGACUAAAUUA